AUGCUCAUCUGUGCAGUGUUGCUAUCUUCUGAUAUCUCGUUGUCCAGCAGGACGAGCAUCUGGAACCUGCGCAGUAAGCGUCAGCUGGCUCGUGUGGUGCCCUACCCCCUCAAGCUGCCUGCAUCGCUCGAGUCAACGGGCCUGCAGGCUCUGCGCUUCGGCAACCCCUUCGUGCACGUAGCGCACGAGGGGAAGACCUUCGACUGCGUCGCCCUCAAGAACGCCAUCAGCGCUUGCAAGGGGGACGUCCUCACGUUUGACGAGUUCGACGGCACUACGAUCGCUCACCGCCAGAGCUUGGUGAUGCUGAAGACCGUGGCCGUACAGCUGGGGGGGGGGGGGGACCUCCUGCAGUCUGCCGUUGUGGUCAACGCCUCCGGCGGAGCACGAGCGGACCAGCGUCUGGGCGGCCUUCAGCAAGACGAGCUCAACGAUGACCGGGCGAAAGUACCACUUCUUAUCCGCGGUGCCGACUCAGGUGCAGAGUUCACGCGCUCGUCCCGAAAAUGACAGUAGGCUGGAGGCGGACAAUGAGGAAUCCUUGCGUUGGAGCCUCGUUCAAUGAUCACCUACGACAUGGGCAACGGCGUUCUCUGGGUGCUCGACCUUCUACUGCAGAAUAUAGGAUUGGAUUGCACUUGUUCAUGAUUCUUUCAGCGCUGAUGUUUUGAGAGUACACACCGCGUCGUUCGAAUGUAUAAUGCAUCAUCUCCGUUGUUCGAAUGCGCCGUCUAUACCACCUACGCACCGUCUAUA